GUUCCCAACGUUUGGGGUGGAGCAGAGGCUGAAACAAACUCAAAUAGUGAAGUUGACUCAGUGGAAGACCUGAAUGAAUCAAUCCUUCUUCAGAUUGUUGCUUUAUUCGUACAAAGUGACACCAUGCUUUGGUUAAAUAACCAUGAUGAAGAACAUGAAAACAAAGAAAAAGAUGAGAGUUGUGAAGCUGCUGAAAGCGGUGCAUCUGAAAGGGAAGAUGCAACUGACGAGGAUGUUCCAAAUUCAGCAGAUCCUUUCAUGAAUAUGGCCACAGCACAAAUUAAAGCAAUGCUGGUUGAUAGAUAUAGGCGUUCAACUUAUGCAACAAGAGCAAAGGACAGGAUUCAAGAACUAUCUACUAAUGAAGGGCUUGAAAAUGAGAGACAAAAUGGAAGUCAAGCAACUUGGUGGAAGCAACUGAGGACAUUGACAAAGAGAUCAUUUGUGAACAUGUGUAAAGAUGUUGGUUACUACUGGUUGAGGAUCAUAAUCUACAUCAUAGUUUCAAUAUGUGUUGGAACUAUCUAUUUUGAUAUUGGCUAUAGCUAUACCUCAAUCCUAGCUCGUGUUGCUUGUGGUGCAUUUAUCUCAGGCUUCAUGACAUUCAUGUCAAUUGGAGGCUUUCCAUCAUUCAUUGAAGAAAUGAAGUUGGGGUAUUAUUACUUCUAAAUUCAAGGAUAAAACUACAAGACAGUGCAGAAGGAGGAAUUUAGAAAAUAAUAGACUAGAAGGUCCAUUACCACAGACAUUGAACAAGCCUACUUUAGAGAUCAGGAGCUAAUGCAGUGCUUUUUUAUGCUUCAAAGUAUCAUGACAUCAAAACAAUUGUCAACCUCUCAGGGCGAUACGAUAUGAAUGGAGCCCUUGAAGAACGCUUUUUUUUUUUAUAACUAAUGAGCUUUCCACUCUUCAAAAGGCUUCAAAAGGGGUUUAACUAAGGGGUUUUAACUAGUGAAUAUUUCUAUGUAGACAUUAUGAAUAUUUUUUGUAUUUAUUUAAAAAAUUAAUCUAUGUUUGAUUUUUUUUA